CCUCCGAUGCUAUGCGCGUAAAGUGUUUUCCUGUGACAGUAGAGCGAGAGAACCAGAAAUGUGACAGCCCAGUCGUGUGGCAGGAUUCAAGCAGAAAGACAGGCACCCAGGCCGGGCAGAAGCAGUGGGAGACGCCGCUGUAGACCACCGGAACGGAGAGUGGAUUUGGCUUCACCACAACAAACAUCCAUUGAUGGAAAAUAAAGAGGAACCAGCAAAGAACGAAAACAGAAGUCAACCAGUGACAGUUUCGCCCAACAACUGUCUUAAACGAACCUGUCGCCUUAGGUCAACUUUCGAAGCGCGAAGAUUGAAGACAGAAGAGAGAGUCUGGUCACACACGUCACAUUGUCUUCUCCUCCUUCUCCCAAGUCCUUUCCUUCAGUCCUCCUUCUCCCAAGUCCUUUCCUUCAGUCCUCCUUCUCCCAAGUCCUUUCCUUCAGUCCUCCUUCUCCCAAGUCCUUUCCUUCAGUCCUCCUUCUCCCAAGUCCUUUCCUUCAGUCCUCCUUCUCCCAAGUCCUUUCCCUUUAAACAGCCACCAUCAUGGCUUCCAAACUGAAUCCGAAUAUCCUGUACGUCCAAGAACCACAGGAGUCUCACUCAUCAUUGGAAACUGACCACCUUGCGCAGCCCGAACCCGGUGAAGAGAGCUCCGAUAGUGACGGAGAGCCAGAUGAGACGGAGCAGAAGCUAAUCCGGAAGGUGUCCACAUCGGGGCAGCUACGUGCCAAGAAAAGUGUGAAGGAGGGGAUUCUAUUGAAACAGACUAGCUCAUUCCAGAGAUGGAAAAGGAGGUUCUUCAAAUUGAGAGGAAGGACACUUUACUAUGCCAAAGACUCAAAGUCUCUGAUAUUUGACGAGGUGGACCUAUCAGACGCCAGCGUGGCCGAGACCAGCACCAAGAACAUCAACAACAGCUUUACGGUGAUCACUCCGUUCAGGAAGCUGAUGCUAUGUGCAGAGAGCAGGAAGGAGAUGGAGGAUUGGAUUGGUGCUCUGAAGUCUGUACAGAAAUGGGAGACUUACGAGACCAGUAUAUUUAAUAUGGAACAUUUCUCUGGGAUGCAUAACUGGUAUGCGUGUUCCCACGCCAGACCCACCUUCUGUAACGUCUGCAGAGAGGCCCUCUCCGGAGUCACCUCACACGGACUGUCCUGUGAAGUGUGUAAGUUCAAGGCCCAUAAGCGCUGUGCGGUGCGCUCCACCAACACCUGUAAAUGGACCACGCUGGCCUCCAUAGGAAAUGACAUCAUGGAGGAUGAGGAAGGGGUGUCCAUGCCUCACCAGUGGUUAGAAGGGAACCUGCCGGUCAGUGCUAAGUGUGUGGUGUGUGAUCGUAACUGUGGCAGUGUCAGGAGACUGCAGGACUGGAGGUGUCUAUGGUGCACAGCUAUUGUCCACAGCAGCUGUAAAGAGCAGAUGGGAAAGGUGUGUCCUCUGGGUCAGUGUCGCGUCUCAAUCAUCCCUCCUACAGCCCUCAACAGUAUCAACUCUGACGGCUUCUGGAAGGCCACCUCUCCCUCCUGCACCUCUCCUCUCCUGGUCCUCUGUAACUCUAAGAGUGGAGACAACCAAGGAGUUAAGUUCCUGAGGAAGUUUAAACAGCUCCUCAACCCUGCACAGGUCUUUGACUUAAUGAAUGGAGGGCCUCAGCUGGGUCUGCGUGUGUUCCAGAAGUUUGCCACGUUUCGUAUCUUGGUGUGCGGAGGAGAUGGCAGUGUUGGUUGGGUGCUGUCUGCACUGGACAAACUAAACCUGCACAAACAGUGCCAGCUAGGUGUGCUCCCCCUGGGGACAGGUAAUGACCUAGCCAGGGUGCUGGGCUGGGGAGCGCUGUGUGACGAUGACACUCAGCUGCUACAGAUCGUGGAGAAGCUGGAGAGAGCCACCACCAAGAUGCUGGACAGGUGGAGUGUGAUGACAUACGAGCUUCCCACCAAACACUGUCCAAUGGUGAAGGAAGAGUAUUUUAGUCCCGACUCACCCUUACAGGUCCACAUCACUCAGUAUGCAGACUCUGUGGCCUCCCACCUCACCAAAAUCCUGGACUCGGACAAACCCACUGAUGUCAUAUCCUCUGCCAAGUUUUUGUGUGGGACGGUGAAUGAUUUUGUAGCAGAGGUGGGGAGAGCGUAUGAGAGAGCCACAGAGAACAAGGAGGAGGCCGAUGCUAUGGCCAAGAAGUGUACUCUGUUGAAUGAGAAGCUGGACAGCCUGGUGAAGGCUCUGAGUGAGGAGGCUGAUGCCAAGGUGGUGCCAGUGGGCAGCGUGCCACCCCACGAGGACCAGGAGGGGGGCUCAGACACCCCUGGAGGGGAACCCCAGCCCCCGUACAGGUCCAGAGAACAGCUGAUGAUGAGAGCUAACAGUCUGAAGAAAGCCUUGAGACAGAUCAUAGAACAGGCUGGGAAAGUGGUAGAUGAACAGAACAGACACACUCAUAUCCAGCACAUGUCUUCCUCCUCGUCCAUAAAGAGAGAGAACAGUGAGGAGCUGACAGAGCCAGAACCACGUCACAUCAGUUUGAGUCCCACGAGUUCCUCUAACAUCGUCUUGGAGAAACCAGAGAGUCUCAGCCCUCCAUCCUUUAACGAGGAUCAGUGUUCAGAGAAAUGUGUACUGAACAAUUACUUUGGGAUCGGUCUGGAUGCUAAGAUCUCCCUGGAGUUUAACAACAAGAGAGAUGAACAUCCCAAGAAAUGCAGUAGUCGUACUAAGAACAAGUUGUGGUAUGGGGUGAUGGGAACCAAGGAGCUGGUGCAUAAGACGUAUAAGAACCUGGAGCAACGGGUACUGUUGGAGUGUGAUGGUGUCUCUAUAUGUCUGCCCAGUCUUCAGGGACUAGCUGUUCUCAACAUCUCCAGCUAUGCAGGAGGAAUCAACUUCUGGGGUGGCACCAAAGAGGACAGCAACUUUGGCGCCCCGUCAUUUGACGAUAAGAAGCUGGAGGUGGUGGCUGUGUUUGGCAGCAUGCAGAUGGCUGUGUCCAGAGUCAUCAACAUCCAACACCACCGCAUCGCACAGUGUCGUCAGGUAAAGAUCACUAUCCUAGGAGACGAGGGGGUACCAGUACAGGUGGAUGGAGAAGCAUGGAUUCAGCCCCCAGGGAUAGUCAAGAUCACACACAAGAACAGAGCUCAGAUGCUAACCAGAGACAGGAACUUUGAGAGGACUCUGACGUCAUGGGAGGACAAGAGGAAGAUUGACAGCUACCAUUCCUCCAGGCCCCGCCUCAACUCUCAGCAGUCUAUGGAAUACCUCACAGAGGAGGAGUGUGCUCAAGUACAGCAGCUGGGCCUGGUGGCAGACACGCUCAUCACUAUGAUAAGAGAUGCGGCGAAGACACACAAGCUGGUGGAACAGGAGUUAGCUCAUGCUGUCAACGCCAGUGCCCUGGUCCUCAGUGAAGCCUUCCCCUCCAAGCCGUCCAGCCCUGAGUGUCUGAGUCGCAGUACAGCAGUGGAGAUCGUGAACAGCAGUAGAGUCCUUCAGCUGGAGACCACGAUGCUGCUGGAGGGGAAACUACUGGUAUACUAUAACCCCCUACUGGUGGAUUCUCCCCAGGAAGAGGAGCUCCUCUCUACUCUCAGCAGUCUGAGCGCUGAACUCCACAAGCUGGACGACAUACACUGGAUCUGCCCCGCCAUGCACUGCUCUGAGGAGGUGGCUGACACUGUGAGGGUGAGCGGUAUGAGCAGUAUUAAGAUGAAGAUGAUGCCCAAGGUGAAGAGGGAGAGAGAGAAGCUCCACAAGCAGAAGUCCAAUAGCUCUCUGUCAGGAUCUUGGGAUAUUAAAGGUGGCGCAAAUGAGAUGGCUCCUUCAGGCAAUUGAGGAACUUAAACUCAAAGGCUUAACAAGAAAUCCUGAUUGGAAGAUGUUUUAACCCGAAGGGAAUCAGCAGGAAAUCCAGGAAUCCUCCAACAAGGAAAAAGUCAAAGGAAUUUUGCAACCCUGAUGUUCUCAGUCAACACAUCCUAAUCUCACGGAAGAACGUAUUCUCAGUCAACACAUCCUAAUCUCACGGAGGAACGUAUUCUCAGUCAACACAUCCUAAUCUCACGGAAGAACGUAUUCUCGGUCAACACAUCGUAAUCUCACGGAAGAACGUAUUCUCGGUCAACACAUCCUAAUCUCACGGAAGAACGUAUUCUCAGUCAACACAUCCUAAUCUCACGGAAGAACGUAUUCUCAGUCAACACAUCCUAAUCUCACGGAGGAACGUAUUCUCGGUCAACACAUCCUAAUCUCACCGAAGAACGUAUUCUUGGUCAACACAUCCUAAUCUCACCGAAGAACGUAUUCUCGGUCAACACAUCCUAAUCUCACCGAAGAACGUAUUCUCGGUCAACACAUCCUAAUCUCACCGAAGAACGUAUUCUCGGUCAACACAUCCUAAUCUCACGGAAGAACGUAUUCUCAGUCAACACAUCCUAAUCUCACGGAAGAACGUAUUCUCGGUCAACACAUCCUAAUCUCACGGAAGAACGUAUUCUCAAACAUGCUACUGCAAGGUUACUCCAAUGUUAUGCCAACCGCUCCUUAGCAACUGUUUGUGUGUCUGUCGCGCGGUACUAGGAUAUCGGUACUGAACAGUGUUGAAAUCUUCAUGUGACAUAAAAUAUAUAGCUGUCAAUCGCCAAGGUACUGAGAGGAACGGAGAACAAUGCAACAACAUAUCAAAGCGUUAGGAUUGGACAACGUCUUGUCGGACUACAUGUGUGUAACAUGUCACGGUUGUGUGUAUUUGACGAUACGUUUUUGUGAACUCGCUGUCUUGUGAACGCCCCCCCCCUCCCCCCCCUUACAGACAGAAGGACUCUGCUCUGCUGGACGUGAUGUUGCACGUUGUCUGUUCAAAGAUGUUGAAUAAUAUUGUACUGUUAAUUGGUUGUGCUGGUUGAUCGCUGUAACCAGGCUGGGAGGUCAGCCUUUGGACCUAACAUUAUUCCGUAGUCCUAAGUGUCAAGAUGUUGUAUAUUAUACUAUUUAAUGGUAUAAAUUGAUAAGAAGGGAUGUGAUUGUGAAUCUUUGAUGUCAUCAUGUAUUGGACUUGAUUAGUAUUCCAAAUAUACGUUUUUUUUUCAGCUUCGAGCCAAACCAUUAUUUUGACAUUAUUUUGACCCGACAAAUGUUUACUUUGCCAAUAAGAUGAUGAUCGUGCCUAGAAGGGAUGAUUUUACUUGUUUUACAGGCAUAUGAUUAGUUUUUAUCAGUGACUUUAGUCUGGGAUUCGAUCAAAAGGCGCGUUGUCGUCGACUAGAGCUCUGCACGUGACUUUCAAAGGUCAUUUACGAUGUCCCAGGUUUGAACUUUGGUCCUAGCCUGUCUGUGUGCUAUCUAAUCAUGUGUUUCCCAGAGAGAGAAACAGGCUGAAACAAAGUGUGUAUGUGUCAAGUGCGACACAUAAUGCAAGUUCGAUAGAUGGAGUUUCUCCUUUGGUUUUAAUUAAUAUUACAGCACAUUUAAUGCCAUGUCACACACUGUACACUCAAACAGAAAGUAUGUAGCUGAAUAUUCAAUACAGUAGGCCUUAUUUCAUUACAACAAAAUCUUAGUAUGGUGUCCAUAUUAGGACAUUGAUUCUGACCCAGAUUUGUCUGAUGCCUGACUAUGUCCUAAUAUGGACACUGUACCAGAGGGUAGAGAGGAACUCCUCUAUAACAGAUUGAUAUUUGUAUCUGUGCGUACAGUAGAGAUCAAUACAAUUUCUUUAUAAAUUAAAAACCAGUAGCAGUCUUACAGCCUUACCGUUCCUAGGACUGUAUGGAAGAUGGACAAUAAAAUAGAUCAAUCACUCUCACAGCUAGUGAGACCAUCCUCUUGACCUUAACCGUCGGGGUCGGACAAUCUAUCAAACACGGGCGUCUCCUACGCUUCUCGAAGAUUCUGGACAAUCGGUUUCUCUCACUCCUCACCCUCAUCCGAGACACUGAUGUCAUCAAUGUCUCUGUCCUACUGACUGGAGUUGUUUGCCUCAUCUAUGGAACCUGGAAUACAGUGAACAUUACUGUCUGUCCAGUCCAUGUUAUCAUUAAAAUACAGUGAACAUCACUGUCUGUCCAGUCCAUGUUAUCAUUAAAAUACAGUGAACAUCACUGUCUGUCCAGUCCAUGUUAUCAUUAAAAUACAGUGAACAUUACUGUCUGUCCAGUCCAUGUUAUCAUUAUAAUACAGUGAACAUCACUGUCUGUCCAGUCCAUGUUAUCAUUAAAAUACAGUGAACAUUACUGUCUGGUCCAUGUUAUCAUUAUAAUACAGUGAACAUUACUGUCUGUCCAGUCCAUGUUUUCAUUAUAAUACAGUGAACAUUACUGUCCGGUCCAUGUUAUCAUUAUAAUACAGUGAACAUUACUGUCUGGUCCAUGUUUUCAUUGUGAACAUUACUGUCUGGUCCAUGUUAUCAUUAAAAUACAGUGAACAUUACUGCCCAGUCCAUGUUAUCAUUAUAACAGUGAACAUUACUGUCUGUCCAGUCCAUGUUAUCAUUAAAACAGUGAACAUUACUGUCUGUCCAGUCCAUGUUAUCAUUAUAACAGUGAACAUUACUGUCUGUCCGGUCCAUGUUAUCAUUAAAACAGUGAACAUUACUGUCUGUCUGGUCCAUGUUAUCAUUAAAACAAUGAACAUUA